AACUGCGUUGCGGCCUCUCUUUGUGCUGCUUCUAGGCGGUCCGCUUGGAAUAGACCUCCCGCCCUUGCUGGUCACUGGGGAUUGCUCCCGUAGCAGGAUCAACGUCCGGGGGCAUCAAUUAUUGGAGACAUGCCGUAAUUGGUAACUAAAUAAGAGGCGUUUUCCAGCGAUUGUGGAAAUCCGGAGCUCUAGCCAGGUGGACUGCUGGAGGGAAUGGCGCUCCUUCUAACAGCUUCCAAGUGCCUCUGAGAAAACCAGACAGAAAGAAGGAACCUCGACUGAGAAAAAAAGGAGAAAUGAGUCCUUUUCAGCAGGGAAUAUUAGUGUUGCUCUUCCUAUUCCUGGAGGAUUCAGAAGCCAAAAAGCAAUGCUGGUACUUUGAAGGGGUGUAUCCUACACAUUAUAUAUGUCGAUCCUAUGAAGAUUGUUGUGGUUCAAGAUGCUGCGUGAGAAGUUUGUCGAUCCAGCGACUAUGGUAUUUUUGGUUCCUUCUGAUGAUGGGAGUUUUAUUUUGCUGUGGGGCUGGUUUCUUUAUCCGAAGACGGAUGUAUCCUCCACCACUGGUUGAUGAAACAACUUACAAUGUAUCAUUCACUCGACCGCCUAACUCCAGUACAGCAGGAGCCCAGCAACCAGGAAUGGCCUAUUAUGCAGAUUCAGAAGGAAUUAUGAUGAAUCCUAUGGCCAUGAGUUACCAUGUCCAACCAAAGUCUCCACAAAUGAACCAAAUUUAUCCCCCUCCACCUUCUUACUGCAACACCCCACCCCCAUCAUAUGAGCAGGCUGUGAAAUCUUCCACAUAAUCUCUUUAUUGAAACCAGCAGGACCUUGGUCAAAAAGGAGAUCAAUUGUGAGCUAAGCUACAGAUUUCUCAGAACUCUACUAUCCUUUGCUGUUGUUCCAACUAGAAUAAUUUGGACAAUAAUGAUGGACUUGCAGCACAGGACAAAUUAAGUUUUGACAUAUUCAAAAUAAGAGAUUUUUGUAUGCUUCCCUUCCCAAACCUAUAUUUAAAUUCUCUUUGCUGA